AUGGCAACUAAAGUUCCUACAGAAAUAUUAAUUAAAAAUUUAAAUAAUAAUGCUCGUUCAACUCAAAAUUUAACUUUACUUACUCAAAAUGGAUUUGAUCUAUCAUCAUCACCACCUCAAGUCACUUUUUAUUAUCCAUCAUUCACUCAUAAAUUUAUAAUUAAUAAUUUAGUUUAUUUUGUUUCCAGAUAUUUACAGCAAAUUAUUG